AGGUGUCGGACAUGCGGCAGUCGGGCGGCUUGUGUGAUCUUGUGUUGUUGUGGUGGGCAGGCUGCGUUUGUGGAGCCGCCGCGGUGGCCUUGUCGGUGCCGGCACCAUGAAUCGGCUACAGCGACGUGACGAAAGUCGUCGAUUCCGCGGCUCUUCAAACGUCUGAGCCGAGUGCUUGCCCGGGCGCGGCGACGGCGGUAGUGCGGUGCGUGUGUGUUUGUUGACCCCCGCAAAGAGGAGGAACAUGGCGGCUGGCUCUUCCGAAUUUCGGGACCUCCGGAGGAUCUCCGCUCUCGUUUUCGCCGUCCUGUGUCUCGACUGUGGUGUGCGGUGUGCCGCUGGCGGCGACGCCCCGAAGCCCUCCAUAAAACUGUUCGGGAACAUUGGCAAGUUUGCGAACCGCUCGGGCGUGCACGAGUUUCUCAAGAGCAACUUGUUUCUCGCGUCGCUCGCCAAGGAGUCCUCGGCGUCGUCGCUCGCCUCGGCGGCCGAAAGUGCCACUUCGGACCGGCAAGAUGCGAUCGCGGACAGCAUAUACCUGCAAGUGGAAGCGCGUUCGCUCGGAUCUCACCUUCGCAAGAUCAGCAACGAGGAGCUGGGAGUCACCGCUAUGCAGGGAAUCUAUGACGAGCUGCCGUUCACCACUGACAACUUUGAUGCAGCCAAGCAGCUUGAUGAGAUUGCUGAGAAGCUGCAGAAGAAGCUGCAGUCGUAUGUGGCACUUCUCAAUCGCAGCUCGGACGUUGUGGAGGAGGUCUACAGGUUUCGACAGCGUUACGCAUUCCCAGCGGUUAACCCAUGCUGCUUGAUGGACCCAAGUGUGUUGAUGAUGGACAACCACUUCGGCACGGAGAUCACAAACUCAACAACUUGUGACACGGCGCCUCUGUCCCUUCCCAAAGGCGUUUUCAGUCCUGGACCAAACCUUACUGAUGUGUUUCGCAAGAACUUGGAGUUGCAUCCGUCGAUCAAGUGGCAGUACUUUGUGUCGACCGCCGGCAUCCACACAGAGUACCCUGCUUACAGCACAGUCAGAAAGUGGUCGUGCCGGCACGUUGACGACCUUCGGCAUAGGGACAUCUACCUGGCCACGGUGCAACCACACACGAAACACGUGGUCAUUGUGAUCGACCACGGCAACUCGCUGAGCCCCAAGCAGCUCGUCACGGCCAAGGCAGUCGCCAAGUACGUCCUGUCAACGCUGUCCCAUCAUGACAGGGUUGGUCUCAUUGGGUUGUCGGGGGAGCCGAGGUUUCCCCAGAGCGACAAGUGCCUGUCCAAGGAGAUGGCCUUUGCCACCUUUGAGACCAAGUACCACUUUGGCCGUUUCAUCGAUGCCCUCCAGAAGGCACCCAAUUCCACCAACCACCGGGUCGGGUUUAGCAAGGCAUUUGAAAUGAUCCAGAAGAGCCUCCGGCCCUCCAAAAACACUUCGAAGCAAGCCGAGGCGCUGAUUGUCUACGUAAGCCGGGGCCUGUUGUCGUCGAUCGCUGAUGCUCGUCCAGUUUUGGAGACGAUUGCGAGUGGACACCGAAACAGCGGUCAUCGCGUCGUCAUCAACACUUACGCAGUCAUUGACGAUGGCAAGCCCAUUAUGUACGAGACAUCAUUUCUGAAGGACAUUGCUGAACUCAACUUUGUCAAGUACAACGUGCCUGGCAUUCCCUCACCAGAGCUGAGGGGAGCCAUGGUGACCAUCAACUCAACUGAGAACCUCAGCUUCACAAUAGGCCAGUUCUACUCUGCCCUGAGCUUUCACCGACACCCUACAUCUGUUCACUUCUCUCUGCCUUGGUUCGAUAACGUUAGCAAGGACCUGGUGAUAAGCAUCAGUAAGGCAGUGGUCCACCACGGGGUACUCUUGGGCGUUGCUGGCGUUGACAUCUCGGUGUCAGACAUGGCUGAAGACAUCGUCUACUUCUCUAAAUCUGAGGAUGUUUACAGCUUCCUCGUUGAAAAAUCGGGCAUGGCCAUCGUGCACCCAGCGUUGUCAAAGCCGUCGUCCGUGUCGGAGCAGCCAAUGCACACGGACAUCCUACAUUUGGAAAAUAGGCCCGGGUUUCACGCCGUGCAACAAGACCUUCUAAAUGCUUCCAGUGGUGAGAACAAGCUCACACUUGCAUCUGUGGUAGAGUCACCUGACCGUGCAUCAAACCUGGUCGAAGCCGAGCCAGCCGAAGAACAGCUAUCGGAAGUCGUCUACCGGUGGACGAGGGUGGCUGGUACACCCUACGUUGUUGCCAUUGUGAGCUUGAAGCCAAGCCAGCAACAGCCGGUGCUGAGGGGUACGACAGCGGGCGACGCGCUGGGCGAAUUUUACUACCACAGGCUCGACCUUGUGUCUCCUCCUCAACUCUGCCGGCACAUGAAGCAGCUCUCGACACUUGCUGGCAGUACGCUGUUCCUGUCUGCGGCUUGCUUCCUCUCGCCUUUCGAGUACUUGUCCCAGGAAGAGACCAAGUCCCGAGUGCAGGGCUACAUGGCUUACCUCAUAGACACCACCAUGCUGAUUGCAAACCCAGGACUCAAGCCGGACGUGCGAGACGAAGUGUUGGCGAUAGCCCGUAUCACCUCUGAGUGGAAGAGAACCUUCGAGAGCAGCGAGUUCACGAAGCAUGUGGUGCGAAGGUACGCAGCGACCUCGUGUGGUGCGAUGGUGGCCUACCCUGGCACGGUCUUGGAGCGCAGCUACGACCCGACCGAACGGGACUGGUACACUCGUGCACUGGAGCACCCCGGCAAGGUUGUGCUCACAGCCCCUUACCUGGACAUGGGAGGUGCGGGUUAUAUAGUCACCUUGAGCCACACCAUCUACCAGGCAAAACCAGACGCACUGCACAGCACUUCGGACGCUGUUGUUGCUGUCAUUGGAAUGGACUUGACGCUUGGCUACUUCUACAAGUUACUGACGGUGAACAUGGAUGUCUGUGAAAUGGACAAAAUAGCGUGCUUCAUCCUCGAUGACCGCGGUUACCUGAUUGCUCACCCGAGCCUCAUGGAACCGACUCUGAGAGCCACGGGCUUGGAGCAGCAGCACAUCACCCGCAAGGAACCCCUCGUUGUCAGCGACAUCACCAAUCACAAAGGUUUCGUGAAGAAGAAAGAGUGCAACAACUAUGGAGACUGGACGGUGCAGCGCUUUUACAAACUCAACACCAGUCUUGAGGGCAUCCUCUCCAACUCUGUGCACGGGGAACAUUGCGCCAAGUACCAGAUCACUGCCAUCCCCGGCACCAACGCUUUCUUGGGCAUUGUCAACCACACGUGUGACACGGUCAGGGCUUUCUGCCCUUGCAGCAUGGUUGACAGGCUGUGCCUCAACUGCCAUCGCAUGGAGCAGCGAGACUGUGAGUGCCCGUGUGAGUGUCCGCUGCAGAUGAACCUCUGCACUGGCGACCUGGCACACAACGAAGACAGGAGCAGUAACUGCCCACGCUUUGCGAGGCCUCCGCAGCUGCCCAAGUUGGAGAGCUACCACUUCGACUCGCUCCAGCAGUGCUUCAACAGCGAGUGCAGCUCAAGGACGAGUGAAAAGGACUGUUCGGGCGUUCUGGGCUGCGAGUGGUGCUCUGUCGACAUGGACGGUGAGACGGCACUGAAGACGCCCUUCUGUCACGAGCAGCCCAAGUGCUUUGGUGGGGUUCUAGGAGCGAGGACCCCUUAUGCAGAUGAGAUAAUCGGUGCUCUCGAGGAAGAUUUCCCGUACAUCCGUAGCACUCCGCUCGGACCUGUGGCAGGUGGCAUGAUCGGGGCAUUCUGUCUGAUUGCCUUCCUUGUGUACUGCUACAAGAAUCGUGUGACGCGGAGCUCAUCGAGCCAGUACAACCUCUCGUAUCCUGCCGCUCCUCUCCAGGGGGGCCAGGUAUUCCACGAUAUCGACGACUCAGACUUUCACACGAGCCCCAGUCCUGUGGGACCUCACAACCUCAGCCUGGCGGGCUGCACGUACGACAACCGAGUCGUGGUGUCGCCUUAUCGAGUCAACACGGCGUACCGGCGUCCGCCCGGCGGGGACAGCGACCACGGCUACAGCACGAUGACGCCGCACGAAGACUCCGAACACCUACAGUACUUCGAGCCCCUGCUGACGAGCAAAGAGAAAGGGCGCUCGCCGCCGCCCGCACCGCAGCCCUCGCUGAGCAGUCGCGCCUCCUCGCCUGCCCAGCAACAACAGCUGACGCAGUUUCUAGACCCCUCCAUCACGAGGAUUCCCAAAAACCCGGCGUCCAUAGGGAGGCGGAACUCCUUCCAAGCCUGCGUGGAGGUGCACGCUGUGCGAUGAACGCUUCCAGUCACUCUCGUCGCCCUUGCGUGGUGUGCACCAUAGCUGUGUGGGCAUAGACAAACUUUUACUGCCAAGACGGUGUGAUUUACCGACCCCGAGAGGCUUUUGCCUUGAAGGAGGUGACACUAGCCAGUAUUUGUGGAGUGAUUACGUUUCCGGGACCCUGUACCGCUCGUGCACCGCGCCACAUAUACGCGGUUGCAAAAAACACUUUCACUGCCAAGAGGGUGCGUGUAGUCUUGGUGCGCAUCGGUGUCAACAUUCGUGGGUGGUUAUAGUAUCUCAUGGGUGUUUGCAGUGGAGACCGCUCCUCCAUGCAUCAACGGUCUAGGUUUGGUUGUCAUCCAUUGUGAAGGAUUUGCCGUAUCACACAAAACAUGUUGGGAAGAUUACGAACUGUGAGGGUACGGGAGCCUUUUUUAAUUAUUUUCGUGCCGCGGUUGUUGUCCUCUCUCGACUAGUGCCGCUCAUUUCAUCAAUUCAUCGUGUACAUUACUUUCAUGCCGCACAUCAGCCGUGCUGGGCAUGCUGGAAGUGCAAAUGAGGCCGAUUUUCUCAUUGUUUGGUGCAGUGGGACAGUUGGUCGCUUCAUUCACAACUUGGCAGCUUCAUCCUUCAACUUGGAACUGAAAAUGAAGUGUACUAGAAUGUGUGAGGGAAAAAAAAAGAAAGAAAAGAGCAACAAAGACGACAGCCGGUUGCUUUUCUGGUGUUAAGGUGAUUUUUAAGAGCUGACAGUGCAAGCGAGAAGUCAUCUGUUGAGUGCUGUACAUAAAAGCAGCUGUGUGCUUUGCCAGUUUAUGCAGCCACAUGCCAUGAUUUUUUAGGGGGCGCAAAGCAUGUCUGCUUCAUCGAGUGAAACGCAUAAAAUGACCCAGAGGUGCACUGUCCCGCAGUCACCGAUACCGUUCUGUUGUGAAGUGCCGAUCAACGCAUAUGUGCAGGGUAGUACAGUGUGAAAGGAAGCAGAAACUGAUUAUUCUUUUUUUUACGAUUAUCACAAACUGGGCAACAGCUAGGUCAGCUGUUGCCCAGUAGGUUUCCUGUAGAUGGGAUCUGCUUUCUUAUUCUUUGCUUCCUCUUCAGAAGGGAGUUAAGUUUAUGAAUGCAAACAAAUUGUUUCCUUCACCAUUGUUCCUUCCUGUAACUCUGUAGAAAGACCUGGAUACUAAAGGAUGCUUUUU